AUGACACUCUAUAUUGAAAGUGAACUUCUCCUCGAUAGCCAUUGUCGAGACUUAAACAUAUGUGAUCCCGGCAUUGACAAUGAUUAUUUGAUAAUAUCAUCGAAUGAUCGAUGCUCUUGUCCGAAACGACGAGCAAUUCUGUGUAAAUCUGCCCAUGACUCAUGUCGAACUUCUUGUUCGUCCGAGCAAAUUUUGUACAUAAAACAACAGAAUCAGCAAAAUGAAAUUUCAAUUAAUAACUCUCCAGUAAAUGUUGUUCUAUUAAACAAGGACGAAUUAGCACAUAAUUCGGAAAUUGUCUACAUCUGUCAAAACAAGAACUUACCGAAAAUAAUGCAUGAACACUUGAACAACAAACUGUCAUAUACUAAUAAUUGCCCAAUUGAUUUAUCACUGACUAAGACACCAAUCGGUAGUUUCCUAUUGAGACAUAGUGUUUUAGCACAAAGCAUCUAUGGAAUGUAUUUAACUAUGCAACAGAUCAAAGGCAAUUGUUUUCAAUUAAGUAAAGAUCAAUAUGUUGUUGGAUUUCUCUGUUCAUUUCUUCUCUUUCAAAACUUUGAAUUCAAUGAUUCAAUAUCCAGUGAGAUCUCGUCACAAACCAAGCAAUUGACUAUAUGGAUCAAGUCCAUCAUUGAAUGGCUUAUGCAUGCACCUGCUGGUUUGAAACUAAAUCAACCGUUAGUAGACUUCCUCGCACGAUUUUAUUUCUAUCAUAUUUAUCUCUGGUCGGGUUAUCUCGAAGCUUUGCUUAUUACUGUCUUACCACAUCUAUUUCAAUUAUUGUUCGUACUGUGUUUCUUCGGUUUAUCGAUUGCAAUUGGCGCUAUCUGUGAUUUUAUGCGUUUGUUAACUAUUCAUUUGUAUUGUUUUUACAUCUAUGCAGCAAGGUUAUUCAAUUGGCAAAUUCAUUUAUUGAUUAGUCUCUUUCGUUUGUUUUGUGGUAAAAAACAAAAUCCAUUGAGAAAUAAUCGACUUGACUCUCAUCUCUGUGAUAUUGAUCAAUUAUUUAUUGUGACUUUAUCAUUUACAAUUCUUCUCUUUCUCUUACCAUCCAUUUUUAUGUACUAUGCAGUUUUUACUUUGAUCUAUACCGUAGCAAUUUUGACUGUUAAAAUUAUUCAAUAUUUCAAUGAAUUUCUUUUGCAAAUUCCUGUUUAUGAACUCUAUCUGUGGUUCACAGGAUCUGGAGUUACGCGAGGCACACCAAAACUAUCGAUCAAUUACACAUAUUCAAAUCAAUCUACUGUCUGUUUUAACUUUCAUUUCGAUCGUGUUUCAUUUGUGACUUUAUAUCGUGUUUGUAACAUUCGUCCAUCGUUAUCGUCUUUAUCUUUGACAAAAUUUCUCCUUGCAAUUCUGCGUGGUCGUCCAACAUUCUAA